AUGACUCUCUCCACACCGCUCUCAUUUUCAUUCCCUGAGGGAAUUUCCUCUUCUCACCUUUUCAAAAUAUCCAUCAACCCGGACUUCAUCAGCCAGACCCAAGCAAAGGUCGAAACCUGGCGGCCACCUAUCGGGCUAUGGUCUGAGUGGACCAAUGAGGGACCUCCAUUAGAGCAGCUUAAAGACAUCACCGAGUACUGGAAGAACAAGUAUGACUGGUCAUCUAUUCAAACUAGGAUGAACCAAGAGGUCAAUCACUAUGCAACUAUGAUCAAGCGCGAAGGAGACGAUAAACGUGGUCCAAAGUCAUCAAGUCUUUGGUCAAUAAUACUACGACGCCUUUCCACAUUGUGGCUCGAGAUCUGCCAGGGUUUGAAUUUAGUCCAGCUCCAACGCCGCCUAUUCAGGAUCCCCACGAAAACGGAAAGAUCAUGCAGCCUUAUGAAGCAGCUUGGAUACUCCAAGUAUGGCAUCGUGAGCACAGAUUUGGGUUGGCAAAUCUCCAUGUGCAUGGUUGUAGAUGUACAGGAGAACAUCAUCGGUCAUAUGACGGAUUUCUUUCCCGUCAUACCAGACAGCGAUGAUUUGUCUCGCAAAGCUCGAAAUGAGACAACAGAAGAGGAGAAUGUCUAUCUGGCGGCUUUUAACGAAUGGUUCACUUCGCAUUCUGCAUGCUCUGAAGUUCAUACUCAAAAACCUUUAGCUUUGUCUCUCGCUUUCACUGACAGUCCAAUCGGCUUUCUAGGCUGGAUGUGGGAUCUCAUGAAUACAUCAUUCGAUGGCUACAAGUAUAGUUACGAAGAGCUUAUUACUGACGCUAUGAUUCUGUAUAUCCCGGGGCCGUAUAGGAAUAUCAGACUUUAUCUAGAGUCUUUGAAGCCGGACAAGAUGAGUUUUCCCAAAAGCACUGUUCCCACUGGUGUUUCGGAAUGGGGUAAUGGCAAUGGGACAUUCCCUGAACUAGCAAGUUUUCAACUUGCACCUCGAAGUUGGGUCGAGAGGAGCGCAAACGUGGCCUAUUUUGCUCGACAUCCUUCUGGUAGACAUUUUCCCGCAAUAGCCCAUCCUGAAGAAUGGGUGCAGGAUGCUCAGAAUUUCUUCUGA